AGGGCACUAUUGAUAAAAAUCUUGUGAUACCUUCGAAGGCUCAAACAAGGAAACUGGAAAGGGCCCCGCCUCCGAGUCUCACUAUUUUACGGCGAGACUUUCUUACAUUGAAUAAUUUUCCAGUUCUAUCACCUGCUCCGGCGAGCCAAAUUAGGGUUACAUGCUACACGAAGAAGAGUGGAGCUUCGGUUCUGGUGUUUGUCUUGUUUGAAACGGGGUCUCGCUCGCUCGGACAGCUUUUACUAGUUUUGUUGCCCAAAUCCUGUUCCUCUGUCAGUAAAUAAAACAGAAGAUGCUUUCGGGGUUGAAGUUCGUACCCCGGGAUCAGGUUGAUAAGGCACAAAAUGAAGACUUGAAUGAUUCUAGAAGAGAGAGAAAGAAUCCAGUUGGCAAGAAGGAAAGAGGUAGAAGGAAAAAGAAAAGUUAUCGACAUGGUAGUUCAGAUGAGGAUGACCUUGAAAGAAUAGGAAAAGGAUCUAGAAAUAAAAAGAAGUGGUAUUCUUCGGAUGAGUGCUCUUCAUACUCUAGCGGAAAAGAAAGUCAGAGCGGCUCUGACCAAGAUGAAAAGAAACGUAGGAAUAAGAAAAAAGCGAAGAAACGAUACGGGGAUUCUUCGGAAGAUGAAGCUAGAAACCGGUCAAAGAAGAAGUCAAGAAAUGGGAGAAAGGAUUAUUCAUCUGAAGACUCUUCUUUGCCUAAUUCUGAUGAUGAACAAAAGGAUAGCCGCAGUGGUAGAGAAGAUAAGCAUCCGAAAGGAAGUAAAACCCAUGGAAGGAAGAAGGGUAGUCAGAGAGGGAGUGAAAUAGAGUCUAUGGGAGAUGACUUGACUGGUGAUGGCAGAGGAUCUCAGUCCCUAGAUAGUAGCAAUACUGUGAGAAAGGAAAUGGGAUUAGAGUGGAUGCUUAGACCAAAAGACAACAUUGAGAGAGAGCCUGCAACAACUUCAGAUCAGCCUAAGGAACCUCAGGCUGAGGAGAUAAAGAGAGAACAUCCCAGAGAAUUGAAUCCAUAUUUGAAGAAUAAUGGAUCUGGUUAUCCAGAAGUUGAAGACGGGAAAAAGGCUGGGGUGUCAUCUUCUGUUGUUGGAGACGGGGGUGCCAGCUGGAGAUUAAAAGCCUUGAAGCGUGCUCAAGAGCAGGCGGCCCGAGAAGGACGGAAAUUGAAGGAGGUUGUGGAAGAGCGGUGGGGAUCAGUGGGUCAGCUAGCGGUUUCUGUGGCAUCUCGUAAAGCUGCUUCAUCUCGUGCUCACCUCCAUGCCAUACACAAUAGAAAGAGGGGCUUAACAGGGGAACACCAAACAGUUGUGGAGGAUCACAAUGAAAAGAUACCUGGCAAGAAUACUGACCGAGAAAGCAUGCGGGAUGUAUCUUGCCGACGUUCGGAGAUGAAAGUGCCUAAACUUCAUGAUUCUUUAUCUUGGGGCAAGCAGAAAAGGCAAACCAUGUCCUCCAAGGAUUCCGGCCUUAUCUCUAGUGCAUUGUCAAGCUUAAAUAGGUUUGCAAAUGAUGGAAGCUUUAUGAAUGAAGUUAUUCGUCAAAAGGAUGAUGAACCCGGUGGUUCUGUUGGCUCUCCAAACAGAGAGAGAAAAGUAGAGUCAGAGUCGGUACCUAGUGCAUCUUUUACAGUUAACGAGGGAUUGAGUGCAAACCAAUUGGCCGCAAAAGCGUUGCAACUUCGUUUGAAAGGAAAGCAUGAAGAAGCUGAAAAACUUAUGAAGGAAGCAGAAAAUGUUAAAGCAAAGCUAGUUGCUGAGGAUGAAUCCAGUCGGCCACCAACUGAGAGAAACACAAGAAGAUAUACAACGCAUGACACGUCUAUUCGGCAAAGGAAGAAAGAGGAUGAUGCUGACAUGCAUCUUGCCCAAAAGAUUGUACAAAACAAGAAGUUCAGUACAUCUGCUCAAGCAGAUGAUGAAUAUGAUUUCGAUGAUGGUCCAAGGAGAAAGGCGAAGAAAAAAGGGGGCACCGAUCAGAAGUUAAAUGAGAAGACUAAUUUUUCAACGCGCAUCUUAACUCAACAAGAGCGUUGCAAAUUCUGCUUUGAGAACCCCAAUAGGCCAAGACAUCUUGUGGUUGCUAUAGCCAAUUUCACCUACCUCAGUUUACCACACUGGCAGUCUGUUGCAGUGGGUCAUUGCUGCAUUUUAACAUUGCAGCAUGAAUCAGCUACAAGGGCUGUGGACAAUAAUGUGUGGGACGAAAUUCGCAACUUCAAGAAAUGCCUUAUCAUGAUGUUUGCAAAGCAAGAAAAGGAUGUUGUGUUCCUUGAAACGGUCAUGGGGUUGGCCCAGCAAAGGCGCCAUUGUUUGGUUGAGUGCAUUCCCUUGCCCCAGGACAUUGCAAAACAGGCACCUCUCUAUUUCAAAAAGGCAAUUGAUGAAGCUGAAGACGAGUGGAGCCAGCACAAUUCGAAGAAGCUCAUUGAUACAAGUGUAAAGGGGUUGCGUGGUUCUGUUCCCAAGGAUUUUCCGUACUUCCAUGUUGAAUUCGGAUUAAACAAGGGGUUUGUCCACGUGAUUGAUGAUGAGCAGCAGUUCAAAGCCAACUUCGGACUCAAUGUCAUAAGGGGCAUGCUGAAGUUGCCGGAAGAGGACAUUUAUGGUCGUAGGAAGCAUGAUUCAGAGGAGACUCAAAAGCAAGCUGUUUCGAGUUUUGCCCGAGAUUGGGCGCCUUUUGAUUGGACGAAACAGCUCGAGUGAACACCUGGAUCUCACAACUAACACACAUGAAUUUCACGAUAUCAUUAGUUUACAUCCCUUGAUGAUAUCUGCAGUUUCGUCCCCUAGAAUAGGUGGAUAGAAUACCCUUGGUAAUAAUUGUGGGAGUUACAACAGUUGUGAUUAGUCAUGUUAAGUGAUUUUCUUUCAGCUGGGAAAGAACUUCAUUUUAAACCUUUUUCUGGCGUGAGCGUGGGUGAGGCAUUGCUAUGGCUUGACCUCUUCAGCCAUCUUGUACUAUUUUGAGUUCUGAUUAAUGCUGUAUGAGUGACUGGGAGAAAGGAAAAUGAAAGAAAAAUGAUGGCUAGUUUCCACUGCAA